GUUGAUGUUAUUGAAUCACAAUUCUCACAUUUACUAUAUCGUUGUCAAACAGACCAAGAUAUCCAAUUGAUUCAAAUCGCUCAUGAGGCGUAUUUAGCCAGUCUACAAGCACAAGCACUAUUAUUCAUGCCAAAUGUAAAACAAUGUAUAUUCAAUUUACUCAACACUUGCCGUCAGUUUGUUCAUAUAUCAAGUCAAAUCGCCUAUGACAGCAGCAGCGACACUGGCGGUGUUUCUCUUGAGAAUAUCCAGUUGUCUAACAAAGAAGAGCAUAUCAUCAGUGCAUUUUAUAAUCAAUCGAAAUUGUUAUAUGAGUUAAUUAGUAUGUCGUGUUCAACCGGUGCUAAAAGCAGUGUUAGCAUAAAUUCUGCUUAUACUCAUCGUUUCUCCCGUGGAAAUAAUAAUAAUAUUAAUAAUAAUAAUAAUAAUCCUGUUCUGAAUUCAGGAACAGCAGAUUUAAAUCAAUUAUUAUUACGCUUAGAUUUUAAUAAUUAUUAUAGUAAUUUACCUGAGGAUUUAAUAUGA